AGCGUGAUGGCGACGGCGGCGGCGGGGUCCUGUCCGCGGCGCGUGGGCUUCGUGGGAGCAGGCCGCAUGGCGGAGGCCAUCGCGCGGGGCCUCAUCCGAGCAGGCAAAGUGGAAGCUAAGCAGGUGCUGGCCAGUGCGCCGACAGACAGGAACCUCUGCCGCUUCCGGGCUCUGGGUUGCCAGACUACCCACUCCAACCAGGAGGUGCUGCAGACCUGUUCACUUGUCAUCUUUGCCACCAAGCCCCAACUCCUGCCUGUUGUUCUGGGAGAGGUGGCCCCUGUUGUCAGCACUGAGCACAUCCUGGUGUCCGUGGCUGCUGGUAUCUCUCUGAGAACCCUGGAGGAGCUGCUGCCCCCAAACACACGAGUGCUGCGGGUCUCUCCCAAUCUUCCCUGUGUAGUCCAGGAGGGGGCCAUGGUGAUGACACGGGGCCGCCAUGUCGGAAAUCACGAGGCUGAGCUCCUACAGAAUCUGCUGGAGGCCUGUGGACUGUGCAUAGAGGUGCCGGAGGCCUAUGUAGAUAUCCACACUGGCCUCAGUGGCAGUGGUGUGGCCUUUGUGUGCACAUUCUCUGAGGCCUUGGCUGAAGGUGCUAUCAAGAUGGGCAUGCCCAGUGCCCUGGCCCACCGCAUUGCUGCUCAGACCCUGCUGGGGACAGCCAAGAUGCUGCAGCAGGAGGGGCAACACCCGGCCCAGCUUCGGACAGACGUGCUCACACCAGCUGGAACCACCAUCUAUGGGCUCCAUGUCCUGGAGCAGGGUGGCCUGCGAGCCGCCACCAUGAGUGCUGUGGAGGCUGCUACCUGCCGAGCCAAGGAGCUUAGCAGGAAGUAGGCCAGGCUCCAGAUGAGACCACAGACUCUUUGCCCAGCACAGCCCUGGAAUGUGGGGAACCAGCCCCCUUGGUUGCCCAGGUCACCCCUACCCUCCCCUUGUCCCACCUCAAAGAAUCACAGUUCUCUAGCCAUUACAUGACUGCCUCUACCUCUGCACAGGAAAUGCAGCAGCCUUCACUUCAGGUCUACCCUCCUCCCAGUGUGGUGACUGGGUCCUUAAAGAACUGUCGUAAAGGGUAGUAUUGGUUUCCAGGGACCAGAGAUCUGGCCUGCUUUGGGGAUAUGGAGGCCAUGAGCAGAGCUGUUGAUGGCAAGAGCCACUGGGUCUGGCCUGGCUCCCCUGGCCCUUCCUUAAAUUUCCCUGGGACUGAUAACAGAUCAGUGCUCAUACUAGUGGGGAUGUAAUACUGGGGGAGGCGGUAUAGGGAUAGACAAAUCUGUCCAAGAUGUCCUUUCCCUCCAUGGACCCAGAAACCUACCUGCCCUGAGCAGCAGGUGGCAUGCCCUUCCCUUAGCUGAGGAGGAACCAUACACAGGGGUCCUACACAGCAGAGCAUGGGCUCCAAUAACCCACCCUUAGAUCAAGAGUCCUCAAGGAACCUGUGACUGCAACACUGGCCCCUGUAGAACUUGGCCUUUUAACAUGUCCAUGUACCAUCAGGUCAGGAAAGCUAGGACUAGGGGAAGAUCAAGAUCCUAGGGCUGGGGGUCUAGAGCUCUGAGGCCACUGGGCAGUGGGAAGGACCUGGGCUGGCUGCUUACAAGUCUGGUUUCUGGCCCAAGUAUGUCCCUCCACCCACCCAACACCCCAGACUGUCCUGGCCACCCAGACCCCAGGGUGCUGCCCCUCCCUCACUUCCACCCAGUAGCUUCCUGAGACUGGGCAGGAACAUCUAUCAUUGUUUGUUGGACCAACUUCCAUGGUGGCACCUGCUAGUGGGAUGACUGAUGUUUGGCAAGCUAUCAUCCAUCUAUAAGGCAGGGCCAAUGGGACUUGGAUGUCCCAUCUCUUCUGUCACAUCUGGUCCACUUUCCCAGAACUGCAGGCCUGCCCUCCUGCAACUUGCCCUGGACUUCCCACUGCCCCCCUUCCUCAACUUGUGGGUGACUCUCAGCCAAUAGGUGCUUGGUCCAACCGUGGCACUGCUACUUAUCAGAGAUGUUAGCCCAAGGCCAUUUCACACCUAGAAUACCUCUGCUGUGACAGGAAUAAAACUGCUGUGUAUUUGUGUAAA